AUGGCAUUAGGUGUACACAACUGGCAAGUCCAAUCGAAGAGAAACAACACGGUGCCCCCCAGCCAAUCACCGGCCACGGGUCCACCUCCUGCUGCUGGGCGCAGUGGCAGUGGCCGGCACCUGUCGGGUUGUGGGGCGGGCGCCGCGGGACAGUGGGACGCCGGGGCGGAGGCAGAGGCAGAGGCAGAGGCAGAGGCGGCGGCCGGGCCGCGGAGGCUGGCUUUUGUUUUUGUGCGCAGCGGCGCCACACAUGUGCGCUGCACGUGCGAGGGACUCGAACGAGAAACCUCCGCUGUCGCUGCGCCAGAGCGCGCAGUUUGCACCGACACUGGGGGGAGAGGUAGCGCCGCGGCCCCCGGGAGGCCGGAGCGGGGCGCGCCGGGGCCGGCCGCGCCUUAUUUCGGUGGCUGGGCAGCGGUGGGCGGCUCGCGCACCUGCUCGCCAUCAGUCGCCGCCGCCGCCGCCGCCGCCGCCCCGCCUCCUGCUGCAGCCUCCCACCUCCUCGCUGCGGGCCUCUCGCAGCGCGCGAGGCCUCCGUCCCCAUCGUCUUCUGCGCACGCGCAGCUGGCGGCACGCUUCAGCCAGGCCCUGCACCGGUUCAGCCCGGACAACUGCGCAGCGGACUCUGUGCACGCGCACGGUCUGGAGGAUGCAGCCGCCUCCAGUCUGGAUCGCCUCAGCCUCAUAGUGCAGAGCAUCACUCCGGAGCAGUCCAGGCCAUAA